UCAUGAAAUCCCGAAAAGCUGCUCGCCAUUCAACUGAGAUCCGAGCUGCCAGUUCCUCUGCCACUUUGCUGUACAGAAUUGGUCAGAUGGAGCAAAGACAAUCAGCGGGAGAGAAACCAUUCAAGUGCACUGUAUGUGGGAAGGCGUUUGCACAUUCAUCAAUUCUUCAGGUCCACCAGAGAACACACACGGGAGAGAAACCCUUCAAGUGCACUGUGUGUGGGAAGGCAUUUGCAAUGUCAUCACAUCUUAAAACACACCAGAGAAUACACACAGGAGAAACACCCUUCAAGUGCACUGUGUGUGGGAAGGCAUUUGUACAGUCAUCACAUCUUAAAACACACCAGAGAAUACACACAGGAGAAACACCCUUCAAGUGCACUGAGUGUGGGAUGGCGUUUGCAUAUUCAUCACUUCUUAAAAGACACCAGAGAAUACAUACAGGAGAAACACCCUUCAAGUGCACUGUGUGUGGGAUAUCAUUUGCAAUGUCAUCACAUCUUAAAACACACCAGAGAAUACACACAGGAGAAGCACCCUUCAAGUGCACUGUGUGUGGGAAGGCGUUUGCACAUUCAUCACAUCUUAAAAGACACCAGAGAAUACACACAGGAGAAACACCCUUCAAGUGCACUGUGUGUCAGAAGGCCUUUGCACAGUCAUCAAAUCUUAAAACACACCAGAGAAUACACACAGAAACACCUUUCAAGUGCACUAUGUGUGGGAAGGCCUUUGCACAGUCAUCACUUCUUAAAAGACACCAGAGAAUACACACAGGAGCAACACCCUUCAAGUGCACUGUGUGUGGGAAGGUGUUUGCACAUUCAUCACGUCUUAAAAGACACCAGAGAAAACACACAGGAGAAAAACCCUUCAAGUGUACUUUGUGUGGCAAGGCAUUUGCACGGUCAUCAACUCUUCAGGGCCACCAGAGAACACACACGGGGGAGAAACCCUUCAAGUGCACUGUGUGUGGGAAGGCAUUUGCUGAGUCAUCGCAUCUUAAAAUACACCAGAGAAUACACCCAGGAGUCAGACCCUUGAAAUGUACUUUGUUUGGGAAGGCGUUUGCACAUUCAUCAAUUCUUAAGGGCCACCAGAGAACACACAUGGGAGAGAAAUCCUUCAAGUGCACUGUGUGUGGGAAGGCAUUUGUACAGUUAGGGCAUCUUAAAAGACACCAGAGAACACACACAGGAGAAAAACCCUUCAAAUGUACUUUGUGUGGCAAGGCAUUUGCACAGUCAUCACAUCUUAAAACACACCAGAGAAUACACACAGGAGACAAACCCUUAAAGUGCACUGUGUAUGGGAAGGGUUUUAGACAGUUAGGGGAUCGAAACAAGCAGCAAACCAUUCAUCAGGAAAUUAAUCUGAAAUCGGCUUGUGAAAGACAAAGUGCUGCAAUGAGUCCGUCCCUCAUGAAACAAGAACCAGAAAAACAUUUGGGAUAUGAAACGUGGCCAGGAGUGAAGGCGAAAUGUCAAGAAGUGAAAAUUACAUUUGAAUCGGUGAAGAGCGAAGAAGUGAUGGUAAAGAGUGAAGUGAUAAGUGAAAUGUGACGUAGAAGAUUCAACUCCAAAAUCCGACCUUCACACCGAUGGAGGCAGCGUGAAGCUGGAGGAGACUGUGGACGUUGAGGCAGAGCGAGGCAACUCCCAGCAAUUUGUGGAUGUGGAGGUGUGGGUGGAUUGUUUAGGCAAUCCUGAGUCAAAUGGAGACCAAGUAGAUGUAUAUCAUUGACCUGAAGAUAAACAAGUUCCAUUUCAUUCACAGGCCUUUCCCAUAAGAGUUUUUUUUGGUUAGAUCGCAUAAAUAUAUACAUUUGUCAUUAAAACCCGCCACCACCCGACACAGCCAACUAGUAAGGGUUGUCACAUAAACAGAACAUGCUAAUUCGUCACCAGUACAACACACCGGUGUGUUGGAGAGCCAAGCCACAUUUACAAUCUGAGUACGAUGUUUCGCCAGUCAUUACAACGAGCUUCAUCAGGUGACAGCCAGAUUUGUACCUUUCCCAUUGCAAGGUUUUAACCUCCAAGAAGUCGGAGUGAAGCUGGAGGAGGCUGCGGACUGAGAGAGAGUGAAAUGAAACCCAGCAGUUUGUGUUAGGUGGACUUUUUGGAGGAUGUAGAGUAGGAGCGGCCAGUAUGUGUGGACUUGGAGGGCUGGGUAGAUCUGUAAGCAGGAGCGGGAGACAAAAAAUCUCCACAGCAUUCAACGUGUUAUAAUAAUAUUUACAUUCAUAAUUGGCGCUUGCAUAAAUAUUUUCUUUCUUUCUCACUGUACGUAGCCAAUCUUGCUAAUCAAAGGUGAAAUGCUUCAGCAACUAACAGCGGCUUGCAUAAUAUUUCAUCUCAAUCGUUCGACGGCUCGCCCAAGUGGCAGCUGUCCCUUUGUGGUACAAGGUGACUCAGUACCGACCUGCAUGUGGACAUGAGUCUGCCAGUAGGGUGGACCGAUGAUUGAUGUGUAACCCCAGUUGGGUAGUUUAGUGGCAAAUCUGGCAAAUUUUGACCAUGAAUAUUGAACAUCCACUGUUAAGCAGAUGGUCAAUAUUGCUGCAGUAAUCAUGAGGGCUGCCGGACAGAUAUGAACCGUGCUCUCACUUGGCUUCUCUCAUUCUAAGAAUGCAUGCAGGUGUAGGCAUACAUUCAGAGAUCAGUGUACAGUAACUGUGAUGUAAUGUGAUGCAGUAUAUAUUUCAAUGCAAUAAUUCAAUGUUGGCGAUGUGUCUCUUGAUUAUUUAGAAUUAGAAUUUUAACACAUAUGAUCUGAUUUUGAGCAUAUACAUCAAAAGCUCUUAUCCAGCAUUCAUGGGGAAUCGAGGGUGCCAGUUCAUCAAAUGUGCCGGUUAUUUGAGAGGUAUACUUUAUGGUUCAAAUUUCUCAAGUAUUAAAACAUUUUCAACGAAGAAAUUAAGCGUACAUUUUAACUGUGCUAUUCAAAACAAUUAACUUUUAUAGAGGUACUCACCAGUCAUUUGAACAGGAUUUUAAGUUUAUUGUAGAGAAGCAGAUUACAGUGUACAGUAGCGCAGUACUGUAUGUACAAGUACAGUGAAACAAUUAGGUUAGGCAGCCCACAACACGAUCACAAUGGCGGCAGAUGAUUGAAAUUGCGACUCCAUUUGUGCCACCACUCGGCAAUGUCCUAAUACACGCUGAGAGAUGCCAGAAUAUUUCUCGAUACGUGAAGGGAUAUUUAUAUUGCCGUUUGACAGAUUCCAGUUAAUAGAGCAUUCCGGAUGGUAACGUACGUGAUAGAGAUUUUGCUGUACGUACCAUUUGGUAUAAAAUUGUCAAAAAUGGAAUCUCCUAACUAGACGAACGUUUCUUUUGACAGUAACCUGUGCGGAACAUUUACGUGACUGCUGUUGGUCAUGUGAUACAGAGUCGAAGGUAUUUUUUGUAGCUUAGGAACAUUAUCCUCCAACUCAUUGUUUGUCUUCGAAAUCACGAAUAUAGUACACACAAGGGAAAGACUGAAAUGUUACAUAAAGGAGAUAUUUUCUCCAAAACGCUAAUUAUGUUUUUUCUUCUUGGUUCUUUCGGUAAAGUCACGUGGAAGGGAAAUAAUAAAAUAAUAAAAAUAAAACAAUACAAUACAAUUCUCACGAUGUUUCGGCCACAACGCAAGCAGCUGUCAGGUGAAGAACAGGUCUGUCGGAAAGACAGCGUCUGAAUGAGCACCACCAUGCUUGGCAGCGUAUAUUUAAGCUGGGUUAGAGGGGGAAGGGCGCAUUGACAAAGGAAUUUGCAUAUCAAGAGGAAUUUAGCAUAUUUAUGGAAAUGCAGAUAUGGGAUUAGUCACUGCUUGUGGAAUGUGUAGGAGGUGGGGGGUCUCAAAGUCAUAUGCCCGUGCAUUAUGUAGGAUUUGCAGCAUCAAAGGGAGGGAGUAGUUUUAGCAGUAAUAAAGGGAAGGAAUUUUAAUUGUAAGGAGCUGCAGCAGCUAAACCACCACGUAAAAAAUUUUAAUAUAAACUACAUCAGUAUCAUCAAUAUGCUAAAUAUACUCUCCAAUAAGCUGAGCUAUUAACAGUAAGUCAUACAUUACAAUUCUAUGUCGCAAAAAAUAUAAUAUGCCUCCAGCUAAACUUUUUCCUUACAUCACACGGAUCUACCCCGUACUAUAUAUUGCCAUAGACAAACCCAAAAUUAAAUUAUAUACUGCAUUACUUUACACCACCCUAUACCUUAGACUAUACAUUGUAAUAUUACACUAUGUAUUAUUCUACCCACCCUACUGUAUACCACACUAUACAAUUACGAUACUAUAUAUUACCUUAUACAUUAUAUUAAACAUUACACUUUUAUACAAUUUAUUAUUAUACAAUUUGCUAUACGCUAUACCAUUGACCGUCACGUGAAAGGUACUAAGAGGAAGCAGCGAAAUAUGUCAAUGGGAGAGUGGUGGAAGGAGACUUGCAGUGGAGCAAAGACUCCAUUCCCUGCGGAGAAUGCAAAAUAUAUUUAGUCAAUGCCAGUGAGUGGACUGCGGUCUGAAAGUCACCGUAAACGUGAACACAGUUAAGAUCCGAAAUGGUUUAUUACGUCCUUCCAAUGAUUGCUGAGCCAGAAUCCAUCUUCUCGGUUGAAAUUGUCUCUGUGUUUGUAUAUGUGGAUCGCCUCAUGAACGAAUCUCUCAUGGUAGCCAGAUGGCUUGCAGAGAACCUCUGUCUUGGAGAAGUCAAUGUCAUGUGAGCCCACUGAAUUGUAACAGUGAUCUGCCAAGCUAAUUAUGUUAUAUUA